UAAACCUGCCGCUCACUAGCAGUUACAGUGUAAGCCUGAACUCAGCAAACAGCCUAAAAUGUCAGUAAAUUCCUUCUAACAAACGGAGAUAUCAUAAAAUUCCCAACAAGUGGGAAACAGUGGGUUGUCUUCAAGUUUUACUGACGUUCAAACUCGUCUUUUAAGGCCAGUUUUAACCUGGCCUUUCGAUUAAAGGCCAGGUUCGUAACCGCUAGCUUAUCAGGGCAACCGCUUCGGGUCUAUAGGUCUGCUGCGGUAUAUAGCUGCUUUUGUAGACUCAUUUCUUCUUGAUUUCAAUGCCUCAAAGGCUUAAAAAAAAAGACGUUAAAACUGCAUCUGAAAUAUUUAAAGGGGUUCGGCGGAUGGUGACGGCGCUGUUGACUUAUUCGGCUAUGGUGGUUUAGAUCUACUAUUCAACUUGCUAGUGUGCCCGAAGCUCACAGUCGUCUGCAAUGUACAGAGCUGCAGGACACGGAUAUCUCUGAAUGCAACUUUACAAACUACAUUUAAUUUAAACACAAUUGGUGCCGGAGUAGUUAUUGUCAACACAGACAGAAGGACGAUUUGCACACGUGCAUUAAGCAGUAGAAAAAUGCCGAACCGUACCUUUUUUUUAAGCCCAGGAACUAGAGAGCCAAAGUAGCCCCAAUCAGCAAGUAAAACGGUCAACGGCGGCGGGCGGAGCUUAGCGAGCUGCAGUUAACGGACAGUUAAAAGGGUUUCGCUGUCACUGAAAGUUCUUUCAAGCACUACCGGCCAGCAAGGUGCUCCAUGAUGUGGGGAGUCCCGUUUAUAUUUUUCUCCUAUGUCCACAGCAGAGUGAUGUCACAGGGAAUAAAAGUGGAGUGUUCUCAAUUUCACGAUUUCCCUCCUAGCGCUAAUAUCUCACCAUCCUUCCUGGCGGAACUGAAAGCGGCGCUGGUGACAGUUGGAGGAACAGAUAUGCUGAACAUCAGCUGGGCAGUCAGCAUUGAUGCUAGUAUUGGAAAUCUGACGGGCACUCUGAUCAGAAUUACGGGGGAAUCGUCGUACUGCUGUACAUACAACCCACAUUUGGCCGAGGCAAACUUCACUGGAUCAAAGCAGAAAUGGUUUCAUUAUCUCGUAAAAGCAACCUAUGGCUCCACCCUCAUCCAAGCUGCCAAUCUCCCUUUGCCUCCACUGCAUAGUGGCAUCUCUUACAAGUUUGUAAAAAUUACAGUACCUCGUCAAACACGGCCGACAUACACAGUUGUUGGUCUAAAGUCUACUCAAGUUCCUAAAGGUUUCACUCCAGUUGGGACCACUACUUCAUCCUUGAGAAAAGAAUUUGUCGUGGUCACCAUUUUUGGAGGACUGAUCGGUUUGAUGAUCCUAAGUUCCUGUUACAUAAUCUAUAAAAGCUGUGGAGCCAACAUUGCCACAUCAUUUGGUUUCAAUAGGUUACCUCAAUCUCCCAUGGUUCCGCUCUCUGUCCUGGUGGUGUACCCUGCUGAGAAUUCAGCCUUCCAGCGGGCCGUGGUGGCCUUGGCAGAGUUCCUGCAGUGGCACGCCGGCUGUAACGUGGCUAUCGACAUGUGGCAACAGGGGAAGAUUGCAGAGUUGGGGCCAAUGCGCUGGCUGGCAGAACAGGCCAAGGCUGCAGACCGGGUGCUCAUCGUCUGCCAGCAGCCAACUUCACAGCCCAGCGACUCUCCUCCCAGCCUCCGCUUCCCAGAACCCUCCAUCCCUGCUGCAGCUCAUGACCUUUACCCCCUGAUCUUAAACAUGGUGGCAAGCCAUGCAAAGAGCGCCAGUGACCUGGCUAAGUUCUGGGUGGUGCAGCUGUGCGAGCAGCACCAUAAAAGGCCCAGUAACUUGGCCCUGGAACUGAGGGCCUGCAAGACAUUUUGUUUGAUGAAAGAUUUGAACAAACUGUGCAGGAGCCUUCAUACUCACAGGCAUGACGACAAGAAGAUAGCAGAUCUGAUCUUUAGACCAGGGAUUUUCUACAGUGAAAAUAAUACAGUGAAGUUAAGAGAAGCUAUAGACAGCAUUUCCAGAGAGGUGGAACCACUAAGAACUAUGGUCACCUCGGUUUGAACAUCAGUAAUGACAACGUUUAGAUUGAUAUACAAUAUGUCUCAGAAUUGUUGAUUAGUGGUUAGAUGACUCUCCCAUUAUUCUUACUGUUUUGUAAA